GGCAACAUCAGGGAGAUGGAAAGAUGCUUGGGAGCGACCAACCAGGCCGGCUGUGUACGAGCUCCGGAGCUCCCCCCGCCCCGCGCCCGUGCCAGGGACGCCAGACAGGAAGACAUCGCGGAAGGAAGCGGGGCUGCCGGAGUCGGGGGGGCUGCCGCGGUGGCUGCGCACAGGGGUCCUGAGGACGCCGGUGGGAGGAGCCGGAGCGCGGCCGCGCCCACAGAUGACGUCACCGAGCGGCCUUCCCGUGAGCCCUGGCGCGGCGGCUGUUCGCGGGCUCUCCCAGGGCGUAGCCUCGGGCGCAUCAUGGAGGCCAACCCGGCUCCGGCUCCCGACUCCGAGCAAGCCUGGCUUGAGGCUGCGCAGACCUUCAUCCAUGAGACCCUGUGUCCAGCUGGCAGCGAGCCUGAUGUCCAGUUGACUCAGUCGGUAAUUGACUGUGUGAAGACCACCUGGUUGUCCCAGGGAAAGAACCAGGGUUUUCCCCUGCCCCUCAGCUACAGCUUUGUCUCAGUACAGGACCUCAAGACCCACCAGAACCUCCCAUGCUGUAGCCACCUGUCCUGGAGCAGUAGUGCGUACGAGGCUUGGGCCCAAGAGGCUGGACCAAAUGGGACCCCCCUACCCCGAGAGCAGCUCUUACUCCUAGGGACACUCACAGACCUGUCGGGGGACUUGGAACAAGAGUCCAGGAAAGGAGACCUCUAUGUGAAAGAUAACACUGGUGUCCUGACCUGUGAGCUCAUAGAUCUGGACCUGUCUUGGUUAGGCCAUCUCUUCCUGUUCCCCAAUUGGAGUUACCUCCCUCCUGCCAGGUGGAAUUCUUCAGGGGAAGGACACUUGGAGCUCUUGAGUGCCCCUGUGCCAGUGUGCCCCUCGACCACCAGUCCUGGUCCUCCCACCCCUCUCCCUGUUCUCUACCCAGAGACUGCUUCCCGCCUGCUCAGACAUAGAGGCAAGCUCAGAGGCGUGCAGCCGAACCUGGCUGGGAAGCUGGUUCGAGUGAGCGCUCUGGUGAGGAGUCAGAAGAAAGCUCACUUUGUCCUGUCUCUCGGCAGCGGCUCCUCCCCAGCUGGCAGCCAUGUGUCCGUCGUCGUGCAGAUCCCUGCCCAGCUGGUGUGGCACCGAGCCCUUUGGGCUGGUAGGUCCUAUGUGCUGACAGCGCUGCGAGUCGUCAGGAUCCGUGGGCACUGCUAUCGCGUGUGGACGACCAGUCCCUCCUCUCAUUUGCUGCCACUGAAACCAGAAUGUGUGCGUGAGCUGGAACUGGAGCUGGACGGGCCCCUCUUGGAGGCUGACCCCGCGCCCAGCAGCUCCCAGGACGGGGACAGAGAACCAGCUCUUAUCCGCCACUCUACACUCUUAUCCUACACGGGAAAGGUCACUGGCGUGCUGAGUCAGCCGGCCGGCCUCUAUGAGGUGGACGGGCAGCUGGCCCUCUGCCUCGCCUACCAGCAGUUCCACAGCCUCAGGAAGGUUGUGCGGCCCGGAGUCUCCCUGGAGCUCCAGGAUGUUCACCUCCUGCAGUCAGUGGGUGGAGGAACAAGAAGGCCGGUGCUUGCCCCCUGCCUCCACGGCGCCAUUCUCCUUCGGGGCUUCUCUUGUCAGAAGCCCGAGAAUCAGUCUUUCUACCAGGCCCAGGGGGCCUCCCUGUUUGAGCAGCUGAUAUGGGAACGCCAGUUAGGCCUUCCCCUGUACCUGUGGGCUACCAGGGCCCUGGAGGAGCUGGCCUGCAAGCUCUGUCCCCACAUGCUGAGACACCACCAGCUCCUGCAGCACUCCUCUCCGGGGAACCCCAGCCCAGGACUGCAGCUCCUGGCCCCCGUCCUGGACGUUCUGGCGCCACCAGGCAGCACGCGUCGGAAUGCACACAAGGAGAUCCUCGAGGAGCCGCAUCAUUGCCCCCUGCAGAAGUACACGCGGCUGCAGACCCCCUGUUCUUUCCCUACUCUGGCCACCCUGAAAGAGGAGGGGCGGUGCAGGGCCUGGGCUGCCUUUGACCCUAAGACCCUCCUGCCCCUCCCGGAGUCUUCUCAUCUGACCAGCUGCCAGCUCAACCAGCGUGUGUCCUGGUCCUGGCUCUCUCUGCUGCCUGCUACCUCCCACCCAGCCCAGAUUUUGAUUGGGGUUCUGGCGGCUUCAUCUCAUAAAGGCUGUCUGCAGCUUCGGGACAAAAGUGGUUCCCUCCCCUGCCUAAUCCUGGCCAAGCACUGUCAGCCCAUCACUGACUCGCGAUUCAUAGGCUGCUUGGUGCGGACAGAGAAGUUCCAGUUGGUCAUAGAGAGGAACGUCAGAAGCAACUUCCCUUCCUAUAAGGAGCUGAACAUGACAGGCUUCAUCCAGAAGCAGCAGGCCAGAGUCUAUAUCCAGUUCUUCCUGGCCGAUGCCCUGAUCCUGCCUGUGCCCAGACCCUUGCUUCACUCAGCCACCUCCCUCACACCUCAGGCAGAGCCCACCCUCCCAGACGGCCCCCACGUAGAACAGAGCCGACUCUUCUUGCUGUCCCACAAGGAGGCACUGAUGAAGAGGAACUUUUGUGUCCCCCCAGGAGCUAAUCCAGAGGUGCCCAAGCCCAUCCUUAGUUUCUGCGUAUCAGGAAGCUGGCUUGGGGGCACCCAGAGGAAGGAUGGGACUGCAUGGGGCCCACCCGAGCCCAAAGGAGAUGAGAACAAGGAUCAGAAGGUUCUCUUAGUCUUCCGUGGCUCCUCUGUCCGCUGGUUCGAGCUCCUGCACCCAGGUUACGUGUACCGACUUGUGGCUCCUGGCCCUCCUACCCCGCUGCUGUUCGAGGAGGGCGGGCCAUCCUGCAUCCCACAGCGUGCUUUGGAGUUGGCUGGCUGUGCGUCCUGCCUCACUGUGCAGGACGAGUGGACUCUGGAACUCGAGAGCGGCCCGGACUUCCCGGCUGGGCCGGACACCAGCAAGGCCCUGCCCAAGACCUCGCUGGACGACCUUCUCAGUGGCAACUCCAGCGAUUCCCUGGUGUCCUUCUCAGCUGAGAUUUUGUCGCGGACCCUGUGCGAGCCAUUGCCGGCCCCUUUCUGGGCAAAGCCUGGCGGCUCUCGGACCUCGAGAGCGUCCGUGAAGCUGACCGUGGCCGUGGAGGCUGCUGACUGCCAGUCCCGCCCGCACUUAGACAUCUAUAUCAAAGAGCCACACUUGCCUCCCCCACUGGGACUCCUGCCGGGAGCCCGCGUCCACUUCAGCCAGCUGGAGAAGAAGAUUUCCAGAUGCCACAAUAUUUACUGUUGUUUCCGGCCAUCCACUUACCUGCAGGUCCUGAGUUUUCCCCCCGAGACCACAAUCAGUGCUCCCCUGCCCCACAUCUUCUUGGCUGAACUUCUGCAGGGUGGCCGGGCCCCCUUCCAGGCCAGUGCCUCUUGCCAUAUCGUUUCUGUCUUCAGCCUUCAGCUCCUGUGGGUGUGUGCUCACUGUACCAGUCUCUGCCCCCAGGGAAGGUGUACUCGUCAGGGCUCCACCUGCCCCACACAGACAUCCGUAAGCCAGGCCAGCAUCAGGCUCCUGGUGGAGGAUGGGACGGCCGAAGCCGUGGUGACCUGUAGGAAUCAUCACGUGGCGACAGCACUAGGACUGUGUCCCAGUGAGUGGACCUCCCUCCUAGAGUCUGUCCGAGGGCCAGGGAAAGUGGCCUUGCAAUUUACGGGUCCUGGAGCCCAGCCUGAGUCCUCAGCCAAGGUGGAUGAGCCCUUGACCCUCUUCCUCCGGACACUGUGUACCAGCUUUUCUGUCCUCCGCCCUGUCGUGCUUUCUUUUGAGCUUGAGAGGAAACCCACCAUGGUCACCCCGUUAGAGCCACCUCGGCUACAGCGGUUCCAGUGUGGGGAGCUGACUCUUCUGACCCGUGUGAAUCCCAAGAUCCGACUGUCCUGCCUUUCUAUCCAGGAGCCCAAGCACCCCAGCUCCCUGGGAGCCUUUUCUUUGUCCUGCUAACCUGGACGGCAGCCGGGACCUGCUGGGAGCCAUGAGGCCCCGGCCCGUCUCCUCCCCCUCGUUGUACCCUUAACCUGUUCUGUGAUGGCACCAGAUCCCCGAAUUGACAAACCGCCACCGUUCUGUGACGUGUCCUUCCCAUUCUGGUGCCAGCCUGCCUGGAAAUUGUUGAAAUGUUGAUAGCCCCUCUCUGGUUGGGGUCAAGGCAGUGGCCCCACAGGGGGCCCUGAGCACCUGGGUUCUGCCUUCGGAGGGUGUUUGUGGCAGACCCCUUGGCCCGCAAUAAAGCUAUGGUGAUGUA